AUGGAGCUCAGCCUCGUUCUCUUCUUUGCUGUCUUGAUGGGACUCUUGCUUCUGCUGGCCAGGGCCCAUCCUAAGGCCCACGGCCGCCUCCCGCCAGGCCCCCAUCCUCUGCCCUUCUUGGGGAAUAUUCUGCAGAUGGACAGAAGAGGCUUACUCAAAUCCUUCCUCCAGCUUCGAGAGAAAUAUGGGGAUGUCUUCAUGGUGUACCUGGGGCCAAAGCCCGUGGUCAUGCUGUGUGGGACAGAGGCCAUACGGGAGGCCCUGGUGGACCAAGCUGAGGUCUUCGCCGGCCGGGGGACAAUCUCCAGUGUAGAGCGAGUCUUCCAAGGAUACGGUGUGAUCUUUGCCAACGGGGAACGCUGGAAACUUCUUCGGCGAUUCUCUCUGUCCACCAUGAGAAACUUCGGGAUGGGGAAGCGGAGUAUAGAGGAACGGAUUCAGGAGGAGUCUCAGUGUCUGGUGGAGGAGCUGCGGAAAACCCAGGGAGCCUUCCGGGACCCCACCAUCUUCUUCCACUCCAUGACUGCCAACAUCAUCUGCUCCAUUGUCUUUGGAAAACGCUUUAGCUACAAAGAUCCAAAGUUCCAGCGGUUGCUGGACUUGUUCUACCAGACCUUCACACUCAUCAGCUCCUUCUCCAGCCAGAUGUUCGAGCUUUUCCACAGCUUCUUGAAGUACUUCCCAGGCACACACAGGCAAAUCUACAAAAACGCGCAGGAAAUCAUAAGCUUCAUUGAGGAUGCCGUGGAGAAGCACCGUCAGACCCUGGACCCCAGCAACCCCCAGGACUUCAUCGAUGCCUUCCUGAUCCGCCUGGACAAGGAGAAGUCUGACCCCAACAGCGAGUUCCACCAUCAGAACCUCAUCUGCACAGUGCUCUCCCUCUUCUUCGCCGGGACGGAGACCACCAGCACCACGCUCCGCUAUGGCUUCUUGCUCAUGCUCAAGUACCCUCACAUCACAGAGAGAGUCCACAAGGAGAUUGACCAAGUGAUUGGCCCACACCGCCUUCCAUGCCUUGAUGACCGAGCCAAAAUGCCAUACACUGACGCAGUCAUCCAUGAGAUUCAGAGAUUCAGCGACCUCCUUCCCAUUGGCUUGGUCCACAUGGUCACCAAAGACACUCACUUCAGAGGGUACUUCCUGCCCAAGGGCACUGAAGUAUUUCCCAUCCUGCACUCUGCUCUCAAUGACCCUCAUUACUUUGAAAAACCAGAAACCUUCAACCCUGACCACUUUCUGGAUGCCAGUGGGGCACUGAAGAAGAAUGAAGCUUUUAUCCCCUUCUCCAUGGGGAAGCGCAUUUGUCUGGGUGAAGGCAUUGCCCGCAUGGAAUUAUUCCUCUUCUUCACCGCCAUCCUCCAGAACUUCUCUGUGGCCAGCCCUGUGGCCCCUGAGGACAUCGACCUCACACCCCAGGCGAACGGCAUAGGAAAAGUGGCCCCCGUUUACGAGAUCAGCUUUCUGUCCCGCCCAAGGGACUGAGGAAAGGGCCUCAAAGGAUUCCAGGAUCAUGAAGUAUCCCCGCCUCUGCAGAAGUCAGUUCCUGGACUCGCUCUGGGUCUUCCUGCUGCUGAGAGACCCACCGCAAGCCAGUGUCUAUCUCCUCCUUGGUUGCUGCCUCAUCUCAUACCAUCACUCUGCAGUUCUUCCAUAGACUUGGGGAAGUGUUUUCCUUUCCUUUCUUAACAGAGUUCCCAGUGUGGGGUAUAUAAGAAGCUGGGUGCUAAGACAGGAGCCUUGACUCAGAUGCUCUUUGCAUUUCUGCCUCCCAGGCCACGGCUUCCCCCAGUGACCUCUCCCUUCCUCAGAACAUCCACAACCUCCAUGCAGCAGCUGUUUGUGCACCAUGAUCUGUGCACACGUGAUCUCACUGGAAUCCUUCCAAAGCCCCAUGGGGUGGGUACGACCCUGGAUCAUGCCCGUUUUUACAGAUGCGUAAACAAAGGCUAGACAAUGGCAUCCGUUGUCCGAAGUCACAUCAUAUGGCUAGGAGUAGAGGAGCAAGAUUCACACUCUGUCUCCCUGGCUCUCGAACUCAGAUUCUUCCCCCAGCCACGCCUCUCCCCCAAUAUAUUUUAAAAUUACUGUGACAUUCAUAGAACGUAAAACUAAGCGUUUUAAUUUUUUAAUGUUUAUUUAUUUUUGAGAGAGAGAAAGAGAGACAGAAUG